UGACCUUCGUGAUAUAUUUGGAUAUACACCGUUGGACGUAGCGUGUGCAUUUAGUUGCCCAGACGUUGUGCAGUUUCUCUUAUCACAAGGCAGUAGUGUGGGUGCAAAAGACGUCACACGACAUCCUCUACGGAAUGCGCUUUUCAUCAAUCAGGCAGAAAAUGCAGCCCCCAUUGCACCUCUCCUUUUAGACGCUGGUGCAAACGUUAACCAUGCCAAGCGUUUUAGGGGAUCAGCACUGAUACGUGCUUUAGAAUUGUAUAACUUGCUGCGAAUCAAACUUGCUGAAAAUUCCACUGCAAGUCAAAAUAAUCCAUGUGUAGAUUUGUGCAUGCAGUUGAUUGACCAUGGAUGUGAUGUUAAUGGUACUGAUUCUGAAGGUACAACUGCUUUGCACCAUGCUGUAAUGGCAGGGCUUGAAAAGGUAGUUUCGAAGCUUCUGAUUUCUGGAAGUGACACCGACAGAUGUGACUGUAUUGGUGAUACCCCAUUGCAUAUUGCAUGUUUGAAUGGAAAUCAAAGACUUGUUGAUAUACUCAUAGCUUCCGGUGCUAAUUUACGGGCUGUAAAUUGGGAAAACACAUUGGAAGAGUGGAGCUAUUGGGAUAUUUUAAAUGGCAGAAACACUAAGCUAUUAUAUUAUAUUAUUUGUCAAUCAAAGCAGUGUCAAAGCUUAAAAAACCUCUGCUAUAUAAAAAUCAGAAAAACUAUUAGGAAUGUAGAAAAUGACGCCACUAAACUUGGAUUACCAGAAUUCUUUGUAAAACGCCUACAAUUUAAAGAUUAAUGGAAAUAUGACUUUAUACCAUUUAUUGGCAUAUGCAUGAAAGUUAUCUUUAAGAGACUAGACUUGUUCCGUCAUUUCUAAUUAUGUAGUAGAACUUACUAAUGUUAAACAUUUAAUAAAAAGGAAAAACGUA